AUGACGCUUGGCAACGAGAAAGCAUACAACACAAAAGAAACUUGCGAUUUAUUCGCAAAAUACUUUUCUUCAAUUUACGUAAAAAGUAACAGCGAUGACGACCACCCACAAAUACCAACUUCCCCUGAACUACCAGAAAUGGAGAACUUCCAAAUAACAUUUAAAGCAAUAAUUAAAAAAUUAAAAAGACUUGACUGUACUAAAGGAAAGGGACCGGACAAUAUCCCACCAAUAUUUUUUAACAAAUGUGCACGUUCCUUAGCUGAACCUCUUUCUACCAUUUUCAACACUUCUUUGACAACUGGCAUAUUUCCCUCAAAAUGGAAAGAAGCAAGGAUUGUUCCUAUUUUCAAAGCUGGCAAUAAAGAACUAAUCUGCAACUAUCGUCCAAUCUCAAUCCUUUCGACUCUGUCGAAGACCUUUGAGGCACUAGUAUAUCCUCACCUGUACAAUCAUAUCAAGCAUAUUAUUAGUCACAAUCAACAUGGUUUCGUAACAAAACGAUCUACUAAUACAAAUCUUAUAGAUCAUGUUUCUAAUCUAGCAGAAGCAGUUGAUAAUGGCUUGCAAAUAGACAGCAUAUACACUGAUUUUGCAAAGGCCUUCGAUAGUUUCGAUCACCAAACCCUAUUACGUAAAUUGAAAUCAUUUGGUAUAACAAAACCUUUUUUUGUUUGGUGUGAAUCAUACCUAGAGGCACGCACACUUAAAGUCGGAUGUAUUGGAUGGCAAUGA